CAUGAUCAAAUUGAUGAAUUGUCCUGGAUGCGAAUGCGAUUGGAUCUAACCAUUGAUGAUGCGCUUCAAAUCGAUCUUGCUGCUCAUUGUGUGCAUCUGUUUGACCACAAUCUUCUACUGUAUACUCAUAUCUGAUCCCAAGUCACACGCGUUGGACACAAUCAAUAGACAACUCAUUCAUCUGAAGGGCGUUGUGAUUGGCGGCGAUGGCGACGACCGCCACUCCGAUCACACCAUUCAUCACUCCAUUAACAAUAUAUUCAUCAUUAAUAAUAACCAUAAUUACCAUAACGUAAAUCCCGGUCACUUCCGGGACGCCAAUCGGGCCGACGAUAUCGACAGCGAAGAGAGUGAGCGAAAGUGCGGACAAUAUUUGCGUGUUUUGGGUCUUUGGAUGAAUGGCAGCGACGAGGCGUCUGUACUGACCACCGAUGACCAGUUGUCGCGCGUGUGGCCCGUCUUCGUGACGGGUGUGGGACCCGAACACACGGAUGUGGCCAAUGGUUUUGUCCGCGCGUUUCAAGAGUUUUCGGCCGCUUCUCGUUAUAACUAUUCACUCAUUGUCUAUGAUUUGGGUCUUAAUAGACGCCAAUUGCGAGCGAUAAGUAGUAUUUGUAAUGAAUCUCAGACUCAAAACCACACAAAAACUAGUGAUACAACUCCGCGAACGCAACUCAAUGGCAAACAACAGUCACCGUAUGUGCCGGUUGUGGACACCACUGCGCCAAACAUCGGCGGCCAACACAACAACUGGUGCCAAAUCAGGCGCUUUGACUAUGAUUUAUUCCCGGCGCACGUGUCGGACCUCAAACUACACGCUUAUCGGCCACUAAUUCUGCAGUUAGUGUUGUCCGAAACGGGGGCCGCCGUAUGGCUCGACCCUAACCUCUACGCGUUGCCCACAGCGGCGGCCAAAGCCCGCAAUGUGACGGCUCGGGCGCGUCGCGAGGGUCUACUGUCGUGGACUAUAGAGCAGCCGACCUCUAGUCUGACUCAUCCCAAAAUGUUUGACUACUUUCGGACGCAUCAAAAUCAGUACUACUUUCACCGAAUGGUGAAACCGGCGCACAUUGUCCUCUACAACACCCGACGAGUGCACGAGAGACUGAUGUUGCCGUGGGUUAAGUGCGCCCUCACUGUCGAGUGCCUGUCGCCCAUCGGCUCGCAGGCCAGCGGCUGCCGCUUCGACAAGAAACCCCUGUAUCGGUACAGCGGUUGCCAUCACUACGACACGUCGGCCCUCAACGUUGUGUUGGGACAGAUGUUUGACUUUAAUGAGAAGCCAUACGCGGCCCCCGAAGAGGACAAGUUCUUCCGCGUGGCCACAGUUGACGAUCAGUUGUAUACCGACGACGAUAUCACUGAUUCGGACUAUGUGUCGCCCGCCGGCACCGGCUAUACGUACCGGUCAUCAGUGGCCGGUGUCGGCAGCGCUCGUAUUUCACGCAAUAAUAGCUCAUAA